AUGUUGAGUAGAGUUAAUAGAUUAAAGAAUUUGGUUGGACCAAUGUCAAGAUUGAUGGUGGGUCAACAACAAAGAUUGUUGCUGAACAGUGCUGCUGCAACAGUAGCCGUCGGUAGUCAGAGUGGUUCAGUUGGUGUUCGUUCAUUCUUCACCAUUAUCAAUCAGUAUGAGGCAGGUGUUACAUUCACAUUGGGUCGUCUCACCAGUGUAAAGAAACCAGGUAUUCGUUUGUUGAUUCCUUUACUCCAGGAGAUGGAAGUCGUCGACAUGAGAACCGUCUCAAUCAGUCUCGACAAGCAAGAGAUCAUCACAAGAGAUAACAUCUCUCUGGUUGUAGAUGCCAUCGUCAAUUACCGUGUUGUCGAUCCAGAGAAGGCUGUCAUCAAGGUUUCAGAUCACGAUAGAAUUAUUCAUGAACUUGCACAAAUUAAAAUUAGAGAGUUGUUAUCACAGAAUACUUUGGAUGAGGUAUUGCAUAAUCGUGAGAAGUUUGGUGUUGAGAUUAACGAGAGUGUUGCAGAGAUCGCCGCAGAAUGGGGAUUGUUUGUAGAGCGUAUCAAUUUGAAGGAUAUCAAGUUUGAGGAGGGUAUGAGUAGAGCCAUGGCAAAGAAAGCCGAAGCCGAACGUCUCAGAGAAGCAAAGAUCAUUCAUGCUCAAUCUGAAGUACAAACUUCAAAAGAGAUUUUACAAGCAGCAAAGAUGUUAGAAGGAUCACCAAUUGCUAUUCGUUUGAAGGAAUUGGAUGCACUGCAACAAAUCGCAAAAGAACCAUCGAAAUCCUUCAUUUUUGUACCAUCAAAUAUGUUCCAAAGUGUUCAAACACUUAUGAACGAAGUUUCCAACGAUAAAAAAGAUAAAAAGUAG